GUGCAGAGCAUGGAGAAUGAUGAACUUCCGCCAGAGGAUGGGCUGGAUUGGUGUGGGGUUGUACUUGCUAGCAAGUGCUGCAGCUUUUUAUUAUGUCUUUGAAAUCAACGAGACUUACAAUAAACUAGCACUGGAGCACAUUCAGCAGCACCCCAAGGAACCACAGGAGGGAACCACAUGGACGCACUCCUUAAAAGUACGACUGCUAUCCUUGCCUUUUUGGCUGUGGACUAUAAUCUUUUUAAUACCAUAUUUACAGAUGUUCUUGUUCCUCUAUUCCUGUACAAGAGCUGACCCCAAAACUGUUGGCUAUUGCAUCAUUCCUAUCUGCUUGGCUGUUAUUUGCAAUCGUCAUCAAACAUUUGUGAAGGCCUCUAAUCAGAUCAGUAGAUUACAGCUGAUUGACACUUAACUCAAUUUCUAGUUUCUGUAGCUGUUUUGAAGCAAUUGCAUAUGCCUGAUCUAAUCACAAGACUGAAGUUCUGAGCGAAGGGUGAAAGAGCCUUUUCUUUCAAACUGUUAAGCAAUGAACAGUGACUGUUUUCUAUUAAA